AUGGAAUCGCUGACGUGGUCGGAGCUGCACGAGGCCGAGACGCACCUCCACCUCCCGUCGCUGACCCUUCAACCCGACUCCCUCGUCGCGAAUCGGCACUGGAACUGCAAGGAAAGCGAAGGGAGCAAGCGGGCGAGGUACGUCUGCGCCCUGUCCGCCAACAAGAUCCAGACGGUGCUCGACCUCCUUCUCCUGUCCAGGGAGGUGAGGCCUGUUUUGUCGGCGGGGACGUUGUCGCAGUGCCGGGAGGUGAUUCAGGCGAGGUGUCGCGGGAUUCAGAUCGUUUUUAAGCACCUCCAAGCCCUCUUCCACGAUAGGAGACCCGACUGGAACGACGUCGCCUCGAGCGUGGAAGGCCUGAGCGAGCUGAGCAUCGCCCUGCUGGAGAGUUCCGGCCACGCCGCUUAUCUCAUGGGAGUCCUGCAGGAGGGAAGCUCCCCGCACGUUCCCGGCCCGGUGGAUAAGUUCGUCCGCCAGUCCGAUCCCGGCGGCGCUCCGCGGUUCGGGUCGUCGGGGGCGUGA